AAUCGCGGCUCGUGCUCCGUGUUUGCCGCCGUGCCGUAUCAUCGCGACCGAUCGAUUGCGUAAUAAAAGUCGUUCCUAGGUACGCCCGACGGACGGUGUGCACAAAUUCUCGUGUCGUGUGGUCGACCAGUUGAUUUUAUUGUUUUCCCGACCAUGACCUAACCGAACAUUAUGGGAGCCAAAGUGUCCAGGACCGACUUCGAGUGGUCGCCCACGGAAGAGCCGCACGCGACGCGUAGGAAAGAGAUUUUGGAAAAGCACCCAGAAAUCAAGAAACUUUACGGUCCAGAUAAGAAUUUUAAAUGGAUUGUUGUAAUUACUACAAUAUUGCAGUUGGGAUCUCUUUAUUUGAUCAAAGAUUUAAAAUGGCCAACUGUUAUGAUUUUAGCUUAUUGUUUUGGAGGUGUUGUAAAUCAUUCAUUGAUGCUUGCUAUUCAUGAAAUUGCCCAUAAUAUGGGAUUUGGACCAAAAUAUCCAAUGUACAAUAAAUUACUGGGUAUGUUUGCUAACUUACCCAUUGGUCUUCCAUUCUCUGUCACUUUUAAACACUAUCAUCUAGAACAUCAUCGGUACCAAGGAGAUGAGAAACUUGAUACAGACAUACCUACAUACGUUGAAGCAAAAUUAUUUAAUUCAACAUUUGGAAAAUUUAUCUGGGUAUUAUUACAACCAUUUUUCUAUGCUUUAAGACCUAUGUUUGUUUAUCCGAAAAAUCCUACUGCACUUGAAAUCAUAAGUGUUUCUAUUCAGUUAGCAUUUAACUAUUGGGUAUAUUUAUAUUUUGGUACAAAAGUAAUAACAUAUAUGUUAGCUGGUUCAUUGAUGGCGAUGGGUCUUCAUCCAGUAGCAGGGCAUUUUAUUUCUGAACAUUAUAUGUUUCAUAAAGGAUUUGAAACAUACUCAUAUUAUGGUCCAUUAAAUUUUAUAACAUUUAAUGUUGGCUAUCAUAACGAACAUCAUGAUUUUCCAUUUGUUCCUGGUUCUAAACUUCCGCAAGUCAAGAAAAUUGCACCUGAGUUUUAUGAUAAUUUACCUCAACACCAUUCUUGGACAAGUGUGCUGUAUGAUUUUAUCAUGGAUCCUAACAUUGGUCCAUAUGCACGAAUAAAACGUAAACAUAAAGGAUUAAAAUUUUAAGUUAAAUCUUAAACAUAAAUCAAACUAAAAUUGUAUAGACAAAACUGUUAUCUUUAUAAGAUAAGUCAUAACUCAGUUUAAGCUCUCUAUUUUUAUUAUUAAUUUAAGUAAAAUAAAAAUAGUUUAUUUUUAAAAAUUAAUUAUCCCAAAAA